UCUAACAGCAGCCGGCGUCUUGGGUUCCGUUCAAAAGACGGGAGGGAGCAGAGGAGCCAAUGACGAACAACUUUUUCAACCUUUUUUUAUUUUAUUUUUUGUUGCAUUUAAUUUUUAUUUUCCGCGUCAGUUCUCUUACACAAAAAGGAACGAUUUUAGCCGCCCUUAUAUUUGCCACCAUCCCUAGUCCUAUGUAUAUAGGUGUCAUGAUCUUUCCUCAUUUUCGACAUUGCUAGAACGAGAGAACACAGAGCUGAACCAACCCUAUAGAAAGAAAGACAUAACACUUCUGGGUUUUGGUGGGUUUUUGCAGUUGUUGCAGCAUCGUUCUUUGGUACUUCUGUCCACGAGGAUUACAAAUCGUACACAUAGUAAAUUUCUGAAAAAAAAUACAAAUAUUUCUGGGUUUUGGCUGCUUUAGCAACUGCAUUAAUCUUUUGUUGGGGGUCUAAUAAUGGACGCCUCUGGUGAUAUCUACAAGGCCAGUGGUAGUUUACGAGGUAGUUUACGAUUACGCGGUUCGUCGGCAUGGAGGAAUAAUGCUGUGGAUGUUUUCUCGAAGUCUUCACGAGAAGAAGAUGACGAAGAAGCUCUUAAAUGGGCUGCCCUCGAAAAACUUCCAACGUUUGAUCGCCUAAGAAAAGGUAUACUAACUACUUCGAAAGGCGAGGCCAGUGAAGUUAAUAUACAGAAUCUUGGAUUUGAAGAAAGGAAGAAAUUGCUCGAGAGGUUGGUGAAAUUGGCCGAAGAGGAUAAUGAAAAGUUUUUGUUGAAGGUCAGGAAUCGGAUAGAUAGAGUUGGGAUCGAUCUUCCAACAAUCGAAGUCCGAUUUGAGAACGUUAAUAUCGAUGCAGAAGUUUAUGUAGGAAGCAGAGCUUUGCCUUCAUUCUUUAACUUCAGUAUCAGUAUCGUAGAGGGAUUUUUGAAUUUUGCCCAUAUUUUAUCAAAUCAAAAGAAACAUUUGUCUAUCCUUAAAGAUGCUAGUGGAGUGAUCAAGCCUAGGAGAAUGACUUUGCUAUUGGGUCCUCCAAGUUCCGGGAAGACAACACUGUUAUUGGCUUUGGCUGGAAAGCUUGACCCAGAUCUGAAGUUCUCUGGGAGGGUGACUUAUAAUGGCCAUGACAUGAAUGAGUUCGUGCCUCAAAGAACUGCAGCCUAUAUCAGUCAAUUUGAUCUCCAUAUUGGAGAAAUGACUGUAAGGGAAACCUUGGCCUUCUCAGCAAGGUGCCAAGGGAUCGGAUCACGCUAUGAUAUGCUAGCAGAGUUGUCUAGAAGAGAAAAAGAGGCAAAUAUCAAACCUGAUCAAGAUGUUGAUAUCUACAUGAAGGCAGCAACAACUGAAGGCCAAGAGGCUGAUGUGGUGACAGAUUAUAUAUUGAAGGUAAUUUUCUUAUUUCCAAUAGAGUUCUGCAAGUGGAUGACCAUUAGGAUUUUGGAAGCAUUUGCAUCAUAUCCUUCAGAUUUUUUAAUUUGCUUCACCCUGAACUCACAGGUUUUGGGUUUAGAAGUGUGUGCGGAUACCAUGGUUGGAGAUGAAAUGUUGAGGGGUAUUUCUGGAGGACAAAGAAAGCGUGUCACAACAGGGGAAAUGAUGGUUGGACCAGCAAAGGCAUUGUUUAUGGACGAAAUAUCUACAGGAUUGGACAGCUCGACAACUUUCCAAAUUGUGAAUUCGCUCAGGCAAUAUGUUCAUAUUCUCGAUGGAACAGCAGUCAUUUCUCUCCUGCAGCCUGCACCAGAGACAUACAAUCUUUUCGAUGAUAUCAUUCUCCUCUCAGAUGGCUACAUUGUGUACCAGGGACCCCGUGAAAACGUUCUCGAGUUUUUUGAAUCCAUGGGCUUUAAAUGUCCUGACAGGAAAGGUGUGGCUGACUUUCUGCAAGAGGUGACGUCAAGGAAAGAUCAAGAGCAGUAUUGGGCACGCAAAGAUGAGCCUUACAGUUUUGUCACGACCCAGGAAUUUGCCGAGGCAUUCCAAUCAUUCCAUGUGGGAAGAAGAAUAGGAGAUGAACUUUCAACUCCAUAUGACAAGACAAAAAGUCACCCAGCUGCAUUGACCACCAAAAAGUACGGCGUUAGUAAGAAGGAGCUAUUAAAAGCUUCCUUUUCAAGAGAGUACUUGCUGAUGAAAAGAAAUUCGUUUGUUUAUGUCUUCAAGUUAACACAACUUUUCAUUAUGGGACUGAUUGCAAUGACACUUUUCCUACGGACGAAAAUGCCACGUGAUGAUGCAACCGAUGGAGGAAUUUACACCGGUGCUUUGUUCUUCACUGUGAUUAUGAUUAUGUUUAAUGGAAUGGCAGAGUUGUCUAUGACCAUUAUAAAGCUUCCUGUCUUUUACAAGCAAAGGGACCUCCUCUUCUAUCCCUCAUGGGUGUAUGCUAUUCCUCAAUGGAUCCUCAAAAUCCCGAUAACAUUUUUAGAAGUUGCUGUUUGGGUAUUCAUGACCUACUAUGUCAUUGGAUUUGAUCCGAAUGUCGGAAGGUUGUUUAAGCAAUACCUGCUACUAGUACUUGUAAACCAAAUGGCCUCUGCAUUAUUCCGAUUCAUUGCAGCAAUGGGGAGGAACAUGAUUGUUGCUAAUACCUUUGGGUCAUUUGCAUUGCUCUUGCUUUUUGCCUUGGGUGGCUUUAUCCUCGCCAGAGAGGAUAUAAAGAAAUGGUGGAUAUGGGGUUACUGGAUAUCACCUUUGAUGUAUGGGCAAAAUGCAAUAGUAGUUAACGAGUUCCUGGGAAACAAUUGGAAAAAAGUUCUCCCAAACACAACCGAACCACUGGGAGUUACAGUGCUGAAGAGUCGUGGGUUCUUCACCCACGCCUAUUGGUAUUGGAUUGGUGUAGGUGCAAGUGUUGGAUUCAUCUUCCUUUUCAACAUUGGUUUCAUCAUCGCUCUCUCUUAUCUUAACCCAUUUGGGAAGUCACAGUCUACAAAAUCAGACGAACCGGAAAGCAAUGAAGAGGGCAAGAGGACAGGGGGGGGCAUACAGUUAACACAGAGAGAAAACAGCUCAAGUCAGAGGGGAAGUACCUCAUCAGCAAUUGAGGCCAGUCGUAAUGGGAAGAGAGGAAUGGUCCUUCCAUUUGAACAACAUUCCAUCACUUUUGAUGAGAUUAUAUAUUCUGUUGACAUGCCACAGGAAAUGAAGGAGCAGGGUGUCCUUGAGGAUAAACUGGUGCUUCUAAAGGGUGUAAGCGGCGCUUUCAGGCCCGGUGUUCUCACAGCUUUGAUGGGUGUUAGUGGUGCUGGUAAAACAACACUGAUGGAUGUGCUGGCUGGUAGGAAAACUGGUGGAUAUAUAGAGGGGAACAUCACAAUUUCGGGUUACCCAAAGAAGCAAGAAACGUUUGCUCGAAUUUCUGGGUACUGUGAGCAAAAUGACAUUCAUUCUCCUCAUGUUACCGUGUACGAGUCCUUGGUCUAUUCAGCAUGGCUCCGCUUAUCCUCUGCUGUUGAUUCCGAAACAAGAAAGAUGUUCAUUGAGGAAGUCAUGGAGCUUGUGGAGCUGAACCCAUUGAGGAAUGCACUUGUUGGGUUGCCUGGUGUAAAUGGUCUCUCUACCGAGCAGCGCAAGAGGCUCACUAUUGCUGUCGAGCUUGUGGCAAACCCCUCCAUAAUAUUCAUGGAUGAACCAACUUCAGGUCUAGAUGCAAGAGCUGCCGCAAUUGUCAUGAGAACAGUUAGGAACACAGUGGACACUGGAAGAACGGUUGUGUGCACAAUCCAUCAGCCAAGCAUUGACAUAUUUGAAGCUUUUGAUGAGCUUUUCCUAAUGAAGCGUGGAGGACAAGAGAUAUAUGUUGGCCCAUUGGGUCACCACUCUUGCCAUCUUAUCGAGUAUUUUGAGAGCAUCAAAGGAGUCAAAAAAAUUGCAGAUGGUUAUAAUCCAGCAACUUGGAUGUUGGAAGUUACAAGUCAAGGGGAAGAAAUUGCUUUGGGUGUAGAUUUUACUGAUGUGUAUAAAAACUCAGAACUAUACAGGAGGAACAAAGCAUUGAUUAAUGAGUUGAGCAAACCUGCUCCUGGUUCAAAGGAUCUCUAUUUCCCGACACAAUUUUCGCAGUCAUUUUGGACUCAGUGCAUGGCUUGCCUAUGGAAACAACGCUGGUCCUAUUGGCGCAACCCACCAUAUACUGCCGUCAGAUUUCUCUUCACGGUAUUCAUAGCCUUGACAUUUGGGACAAUGUUCUGGGACCUUGGCUCCAAGACGAAGAGGAUGCAAGAUUUAUCUAAUGCCAUGGGUUCCAUGUAUGCUGCUGUUCUCUUCCUUGGCGUCCAAAAUUCUUCGUCUGUGCAACCUGUUGUGGCUAUUGAACGAACAGUCUUCUACAGAGAAAGAGCUGCUGGAAUGUAUUCUGCUUUGCCAUAUGCAUUUGGACAGGUUGCGAUUGAGAUCCCAUACGUUUUCAUGCAAUCUGCAGUAUAUGGCAUUAUAGUUUACGCAAUGAUUGGAUUUGAAUGGACUGCAGCCAAAUUCUUUUGGUACCUAUUUUUCAUGUUUUUCACAUUGCUGUACUUCACCUUUUACGGCAUGAUGAGUGUGGCUUUUACACCAAACCACCAUAUUGCUUCCAUCGUAUCCUCUGCGUUUUAUGGUAUCUGGAACCUGUUUUCAGGAUUCAUAGUCCCUCGAACUAGGAUUCCCAUUUGGUGGAGAUGGUACUACUGGGCAUGCCCUGUUGCCUGGACAUUGUAUGGACUGGUGGUUUCGCAAUUUGGAGAUAUUAAGGAUGUACUUGAGGACAGUGAAAUUCCUGGUGAAACCGUGGAAGAAUACGUGAAAAGGUAUUUUGGAUUCAAGCAUGAUUUUCUGGGAGUUGUGGCAGUUGUGGUUGCUGGGACUGCCGUGCUCUUUGCAUUUAUCUUUGCGUUUUCGAUCAAGGUGUUUAAUUUCCAAAGGCGGUAGGCAGAUUGUAUUUGAUUAUUUGUAUCGGAUCAUGUUUCAGGAUUAAUGCUAACAACUAGCAUUGUCCAAAUUCUAUUUUUCAUUAUUGUCAUUAUUAUUUUCUGAGCA